ACUGAUAAGAAUGAGCGGACCAAUUGUUUGUUUUGUAUUCCGCCAACGGCACGCAACGACUUUACUACGCUUGCGCGGUGGAAGGGAUAUAGUAAACUCAAUGAAUUUUUUUAAUCAGUAGGCGUUUCGUUUCGUUGUCGACAGUGUACCGUACGUUGAAGCGUAUAAAAUAAGUGUAAUCUCGCCUACACGCGAUUUAUAAAUAAACUUUUGUGUUGUGCACUGAUUGGAUUUGUUGAAAAUGGCCACUGCUCCCGUUAAGAAGGUCCCCAUACAUUUACAGAGCUCCCAGAACCGACUGCUGAUCAAGAAUGGGCGUGUCGUCAACGAUGACGGAAUGGAGGACGCUGAUGUCUACAUCGAGGAUGGCAUCAUCAAACAAGUGGGCCGCAAUCUCAUCAUCCCGGGCGGCACGCGCACCAUCGACGCGACGGGCAAGCUCGUGAUGCCGGGCGGCAUCGACCCGCACACGCACUUCGAGCUCGAGAUGAUGGGCGCCAAGACGGUCGACGACUUCUACAAGGGCACCCGAGCCGCUGUUGCGGGAGGCACCACGACAGUCAUCGACUUUGUGCUGCCUGAAAAGGGCCAAUCACUGGUCGAGGCGUACAACAAUUGGCGGCAGAAGGCCGAUGGCAAGGUGUGUUGCGACUACGGGCUCCACGUAGGCGUGACCUGGUGGUCGCCCUCUGUCCGCAAGGACAUGGAGAGGCUGGUCUCCGAGUUCGGCGUCAACUCCUUCAAGAUGUUCAUGGCGUACAAGGACGCCUGGAUGCUGGACGACUAUCAUCUCAUGUGCGCUAUGGAGGCCUGUGCUGAACUGAGGGCCUUGCCACAGAGCAAUGAUUUCGGCGUCAACUCCUUCAAGAUGUUCAUGGCGUACAAGGACGCCUGGAUGCUGGACGACUAUCAUCUCAUGUGCGCUAUGGAGGCCUGUGCUGAACUGAGGGCCUUGCCACAGAGCAAUGAUUUCGGCGUCAACUCCUUCAAGAUGUUCAUGGCGUACAAGGACGCCUGGAUGCUGGACGACUAUCAUCUCAUGUGCGCUAUGGAGGCCUGUGCUGAACUGAGGGCCUUGCCACAGAGCAAUGAUUUCGGCGUCAACUCCUUCAAGAUGUUCAUGGCGUACAAGGACGCCUGGAUGCUUGAUGACUAUCAUCUCAUGUGCGCUAUGGAGGCCUGUGCUGAACUGAGGGCUUUGCCACAGGUGCACGCAGAGAACGGGCACAUCAUAGCUCGUAAUACGGAGAAGCUUCUAGUGUCUGGUGUUACCGGCCCUGAAGGACACGAGCGAUCUAGAGAUGAGGAGGUUGAAGGGGAGGCGGUCAAUCGCGCCUGCGUUAUUGCCAACCAGGUCAACUCGCCGCUGUACAUCGUUCACAUGAUGUCAAAAAGCGCUGUAAGGGCGUUACAACAAGCCCGCGCCCGCCAGCGACAACCUCUGUAUGGAGAGACCCUAGCCGCCACCGUCGGCACUGACGGGUCGCACUACCGCAACUCGUGCUUCCGACACGCGGCCGCGCACGUGCUGUCCCCCCCGCUGCGGCCCGACCCCUCCACCCCGCAGGCCAUCGUGGAGGCCCUCGCCGAGUGA